AUGGCCUCACACGCGCACUCGGCCCCGGCAACGUCGAAUAUCGUAGGCCAGCACUACCGGCUAGGCAAGAAGAUCGGCGAAGGCUCGUUCGGGGUCAUCUAUGAGGGCACGAAUCUGCUGAACUCGCAGACCGUGGCCAUCAAGUUUGAACCCAGGAAAGCCGAGGCGCCCCAGCUGCGGGAUGAGUGCCGGUCGUACAGGAUUCUGGCAGGAUGCCCUGGUAUCCCCCAGAUCUACCACUUCGGGCAGGAGGGCCUGCACAACAUCCUGGUCAUUGAUCUGCUAGGCCCGAGUCUGGAGGAUCUGUUCGACAUGUGUGGUAGGAAGUUCUCUAUCAAGACGGUGUGCAUGGCGGCACGGCAGAUGCUGACCCGAGUCCAGACAAUACACGAGAAGAACCUCAUCUACCGUGACAUCAAGCCAGAUAACUUCCUCAUCGGUCGCCCAGGGACUAAGGGAGCCAACGUUGUCCACGUCGUCGACUUCGGCAUGGCCAAGCAAUACCGAGACCCGAAGACGAAGCAGCACAUUCCUUACCGGGAGAGGAAGAGUCUGAGCGGUACGGCCCGUUACAUGAGCAUCAACACGCAUUUGGGACGAGAACAGUCAAGAAGAGAUGAUUUGGAGUCGCUCGGUCACGUAUUCAUGUACUUUCUUCGGGGAAGUCUACCGUGGCAAGGUCUCAAAGCCGCAACCAACAAACAGAAGUAUGAGAAGAUUGGGGAGAAGAAGCAGUCGACGCAAGUCAAGGACUUAUGCGAUGGAUUCCCUGAGGAGUUUGGCAUCUAUCUCAACUAUGUUCGGAAACUUGGUUUUGAGGAAACACCCGAUUACGACUUCCUGCGCGAGCUCUUUGCGAAGGUCAUGAAGAACAAUAAUGACGUAGAUGACGGAGUUUAUGACUGGAACCUUCUCAAUGGUGGCAAGGGUUGGGAAGCAUCCCUCGGCCAGAACCAGAUUCUCACCCAAAUCCAGAAUGCAGGGCCAAGUCCCGCCGCGCAAGAUCGUCGCCGAGACCUCGAACGUCAAGCACGCGAGGAUCGACGGCGUGUGUCUCAGACAGGUGGCGCUGGCGUGCUUCCCCCGUCACCAGCACUCGUGCGACACGGCUCCAAGCAGCGUGCCCUUCCCGGUGCUCCUGGUGGUAUCACCACCCCUGGUCAAAUCACGCCGAUGUCGUCCGCUGGCGCACAUAUGGACGUCCCCAUUGGCACCAUGCAACGGCGAAUGAGCCAACAACAUAGUGCCCAGCACCCGUAUGCGAGCGCGGGCCACGAGUCGUACGCCCGCGAGCAGACGGUGGAGGAGUACUCUGCCAGCCAGCAGGCGUACGGCCGGGCAUCGCCGAUGGUGUCGACUGUAGGCGCCGCACCACCUGCGCUCAGCAACGUCCGCGCCCAAGGGGGCGAGGUAGGGGUAUCUAACGGGGGCGACUAUCAGGGACAAGGGGAGGCAGAGCCGCCUAAAAGCACCCUAUGGAAGAUCUUGACAUGUCGGUGUGGUUGA